AUGGCGCCCACGGCUGCGCAGGGUGUAGUCCCGGACCAGGGCGUCGACCGCAUCAGUGAUCUCCCCGAUGAGCUCCUCUGCGCUGUUGUCUCCUCGCUUCCCGCCAAGGACGGCGCCCGCACCAUGGUCCUCUCCCGCAGGUGGAGCAACCUCCGGCUCUCCGCCCCUCUCAACCUCGACGACGAACACCCGAUCCUUUCAGAGUUUGUGCGCCCCCACCGGCAGGUAGAAUACCUCAAACUCCUACACAUCACACGCAUCCUGUCCGCCCACCGCGGCCCCGUCCGCCGGCUUCGCCUCGGCAGCAUCUGCCACACAUCCACCACCUCCGGUGACUGGUUACGGUCGCCGGCGCUCGACAAGCUCGAGGAGCUCCACUUCCGCUACGAGUUCAUGGAAUUUGGGCCUAGGCAGAAUCGUCUGCCAUCCUCGGCGCUGAGGUUCUCCGAGCUCCGGGUCGCCAGCUAUGGCGGAUGUGAAUUUCCGGACGAUCUUGGAUGCGUUACGUUUCUGAAGCUGAGGGAGCUCACCCUCUACCAGCUCAGAAUCUCAGACAGCGCCCUCCCUGCCAUGAUCUCGGCCUGCCCAGCUCUCGGCAGCUUGUUGCUCGUGGAUAACAAUAGCGUCCGCCGUGUCCGCAUCAGCUCUCCCAGACUAGUAAGGCUUGGCAUCUCGGUUAUUGAGGCACGGAGACGGAGCAGUGUGGUGAUGAAAGAACUCAUCAUUGUGAAUGCUCCCAGCAUGGAAAAAUUGCUGCUAUUUCGGAUAGAUGGAGGCCUCAAAAACAUCCAUGUGAAGUUUGCACCAAAACUUGAGGUUCUUGGCUGCCUGUCAAAGGGGCACGUGGAAGGGAGCAAGAAGCACGCAGGUGGCGGGGAGCUCUGCGGAGGGGCACGUGGCAGGGAGCGAGAAGCAGACGGUGGGGAGCUCAGCAGAGGGGUGCGCAUCGGGGAGCUUCGUGCUCGAGAAGCAGGCGGCGUGGAUCUCAGCGAAGGGGGGGCGCUCGAGGAUGACUAG